GCGCUCUCGUUCCGGGCUCGGAGGCCGGAAGCGUCGGGGACUGAGCCGAACCGCCGCCGCCGCGGCCCUUCCUUGUUCUCCGCCGAGGUCGCGCCGGCCGCGCAGGCAUGGCCAAGUGGGGCCAGGGGGACCCGCGCUGGAUCGUGGAGGAGCGGGAGGACGGCACCAACGUGAACAACUGGCACUGGACAGAGCGGGAUGCCACUAGCUGGUCCAAGGGGAAGCUCCAUGAGCUCCUGGUGGGCAUCAUUGUGGAGAAUGAAGCUGGCCGCUGUGAGAUCAGUGAGCUGAAGCAGGUGGAAGGCGAGGCUUCCUGCAGCAGCCGCAAAGGAAAGCUGAUUUUCUUCUAUGAGUGGAACAUCAAACUAAGCUGGAAAGGUAUAAUUAAAGAAUCUGGUGUGAAGCACAAGGGAUUGGUUGAAAUACCCAGCCUUUCUGAAGAAAAUGAAAUAGAUGACACCGAGGUGAGUGUGAGUAAAAAGAAAGGAGAUGGGGAUAUACUGAAGGAUCUUAUGAAGACUGCAGGCACUGCCCGGGUCAAGGAGGCCCUUGGAGAUUACCUGAAGGCACUUAAGACGGAAUUUACAAUGGGAAUGAUUUUACCAACGAAAGCUACGGCAACCCAGGAAUUGACUGUUAAAAGGAAACUGAGUGUGAAUCCCUUGCAGAUUCAGGCCUCAUCUCCAGUGGCGUUGGGGGUAAGGAUUCCCACUGUGGCAGUGCACAUGACGGAACUGUUUGACACAGCUGCAGAACAGCUGUACAGCAUCUUUACUGUGAAGGACUUGGUGCAAAAAUUUUCUAAAUCUCCUGCUGUAUUAGAAGUUGAAAAGGGAGGGAAAUUCCAGAUGUUUGAUGGGAACAUCACCGGUGAAUAUAUAGAAUUGUUAACAAAUAAAAAGAUUGUCAUGAAAUGGAGGUGUCGGAACUGGCCAGAAGAACACUAUGCAACAGUUGCACUGAAUUUUGUGCCUAUUCCAGGGCAAACAGAAUUACAAUUGGACUGUAAAGGAGUUCCUGUCUGUAAAGAAGAGAACAUGAAAUUCUGUUGGCAGCAGCAGCAUUUUGAAGAAAUAAAAGGUUUAUUGCAGCUGACCACCCUAAAUGGUUGAAUUAGUUAGAUUUUAUAUGGGCAUUACUUUUUCUAAGCAGAAAGUGUCAGGUUUACCUGUUAUUCCUUUUAAAAAAGAAAACAAACUCUUAAUUUAUAUUGGAUGAAAUCCAUGGACUUAUACAGAAUUUAAAGCACUGUUUGUUUGAAUCUGUACUAUGACUAGACUCUGUAUUGAGUUAAAAGCAGCAAAUAACCUGAAAUUAGGUAUUAACCUUAUCUCCCUUAGAUGCUCCUCUGGGAACAGACUGAGCCCCUGAGUACAGACAGCUGACGUUUCCCAGGCUACAGCUUGUCCUGGCAAGCUUCCUUCCAGCUGUAGUUUUAAGUUCAGGAAGACAAAAUAAACGGCAUAUUGAUACUAUUCCUUUAUUUUACCACAGGGUUCUUAAGGUGUGCACCUCUUAGGUAGUGAGCCAGCGGCGUGCUGCAUUCAGGAGUAUGUUGAAGUGAGGGCGAGUUGGCUGUAUUGUUAGACUUCUCCCUGCAACAGUUAUUGACUUCCGGGUGGAGAGGACUGAAAAGUCUAUGGGGAUUAAGUUACUUUUUGGACUGCCACUAAAUAGUUCGAAUAAACUAGAAUAUGAUGGGUAAGUGCUCCCCCCAGUCACAGUUUUCUCAUUACUUUCAUCUGAGAAGACUGAAGCAACGUAUGUAAACAAAUGAAAAGUCAUCACAAUCAGUUUAAUUAAGUGCACAGAAUAGCAAUCAGUCAUGUCAAUAAAAAUAAAACAAUUAUUUUUA